AUGUUACAGGUUAUAUACCUAAUUGGAGUUUUAAUUGGACUAGUCACAUCUGUUUGGAUUGGAGUGGGAGUUUCCUCAGAAACUGACACUGAGCUCUACAGUAUUGCUGCUCUAUUAGGAAUAACUGGAUCUACUACUAUGGUAUCCAGUCUCUGCUUAACAGCAAAUUUUGUAAAAAGUAAUGGAUCUGGAGGGGGUAUGAUCUACAGUUUUGUAACAUUUACGGAUAAGCUUAUAUCAGGAUCAGUUGUCUUUAUUGUCCAGCACCUCCAGUGUACUCCAAAAAGCUCCUGUCCAUACUUUUACAACAAUGUACUGACGUAUAUUUGUGCUUCAGUGUCUAUUUUUGCCUUAUUAGCUCUAAUAUUAUUGUACAGUAAAAGAAAUUUAAUUUAAAAGUAAAU